CCCUUCAUUUUUCUACCAUGGAGUUUUCUAAUAUUUUCGAGGAUUAUUCGUCUGUGGUCGAAGAAACCGACAGUUGUCACGAGAGUGUUUGCAGAAACAGGAGGCAACAUUAUGAUGAAAAUGGUGAUGAUAAUGAUCAUGAUCAUGAUGGAAAAUACAAGUCCAAGAACCUCAAUGCCGAAAGAAAGAGGCGCGAAAAGCUCAAAUCCAGGAUGCUCGAAUUGCGAUCUGUAGUUCCCAAGAUAACAAAUAUGAACAAAGAAACGAUCAUAACCGAUGCUAUUGAUUACAUCAAGGAGCUUAAAAUUUCUGUCACAAAUCUAAGUAAUGAACUUCUUGAAAUGGAAGCACAAACGGCAAAGGAACCAUCUUUUGAUGUGAUCCAAAUCCAUCCUGUGGAAAACAUGAAAAAAUGGGGCAUAGAGUCGGAAGUAAUAGUGACUCGUAUUGAUGAGAAUAAGUUGUGGAUGAAGAUAGUUUUCGAGAAGAAAAUAGGAGGGUUUACAAAACUAAUCGAGGCAAUGAGUUUGCACGGGAUUGAACUUAUUAAUACAAACGUUAUCACCACGAAAGGGGCUGUUCUUGUUACUUCAUGCAUUGAGGGGACUCAUGGUAGAAUGCUUGUUGCUGAGCAUGUUCAAGAAGUACUAGCUAAUGUUAUCAAAUUGAUAUAGACCACAUGACAUUAAUCAUGUUAUCUAUGUACUAAUUGAGUUACCGAAGGACGAUCAAGCUCAACGAAGAACCGAACACAUAAAGAACAAAGCUUCCGCGAAAUGAUUCGUCGUCACGUUUUAAACGACGAAUGUUUUAUAAAACAUGGAAAUGUUUUAUUUCUUAAAAUGUUUUGACGAACCUGUAUUUUUAGUGUAUGGUUAACCGUAAAUACACUAUUAUAGUCGAAUUUAUAUAAUAAUCGUA